GGUUUUUCACACAUCUCCCCGGCGCGGACAACAGGACACAGUACGAGCACAGCGUUCGAACCGCGCCGCACGAGAUUGCACUGCGCGCGAAGCCCUCUCCGUUGCUACAUUUGGUGCUGUUCUAGAGUUGAGACGGCGAUCUAUUAUUAUCAUUUUUAUCGUUAAUAAUUAUAAUGAUAUUGUCGUCACGUCGUUGUUAACGCAUUUGCCCACCUCCGUACCCGUUCCCCGGGCUGUUCUAAAUAGUAACAUAACAUCGAUAACUGUGCCGGUCGUCGCUCGCCGGGAGAAAAACGAUCGUCGUCGGCUGUCGCGAUAAUAUCAUUAUAUCGUUGUUAUGAUUGCCUUCUUCCCAACGAUCCCGUCGAUGAUGGUCGGCUAAAAUCGCGGCGCAGCACGACGUCGUCAUAAACCGGAAAUAGCGGGCGCUCGCGACCCGGGAGGGGUUGGUCGACGACGGGCGGCGAAUGAUGCUCAAAUUUGUCACGCACAAACUGAAGACUCACAGCCUCGAAGACCAUCGAAGACCUACCAAGUUAAAAACUGUUGACCACGACUCUGGCACAGAGUCUGACGACGAACACAGUCCGGAUAGAGAACCCAAAAGUACAAAACCAGGAGUACCUGAAUCUACUCGAUUAAUGGAGAACAUUGGGAAUGAAGAUAUGGUUGGUGAUAUGGAACCUACAAGGUCUUCAAGCAGUGGUCGCAGUAGUGUUGCCACUCCUGGUCCUUCCCCAUAUUUCUUAGACUCUGCUUUACCCAGUGACUGUGAUCAACAUAGUUCUGAAGAAGAAUUAGAAGUUAUAAAUAGUAAUCCAGAAGCAUUACUGCAAGUUGAAUUACCUACACCUGAUCCAGAUGAAGCAAAUUCUUGCGGUGUUCCUGAAAACUCUGUAGCAUCAUUAGCUCGUAAACGUUGUCGAUCUGCUAGUGAAGCUGGUUGUGGAAACACAAUAGCUGUAAGCUGGUCAGGUUCAUCUGACGAUGAAGUACAAGGACUUAUGUCAACCAGACCAACUCCAUUAAAAUUUUGUGCAUCACCACCAUCUCAUGUGCACAAACCAGGACAGUGUACUGUAUCCUCUUCACCGCCUUUAAAAUUAGUACACUUGUCACCUAGACAAUCUGUAUCUUUGCCAAACACUUCUCCACGUAAACGACACAGACAAAGGCAUCAUCCUACUCGUAAUGUGCAGAGGCCUUGUUUAGACUUUGAAAAAAUGCAACAGCUUAAAUCGUUGUCAGCAACUUCGUGGAGGCAUACCAGUAAAGAUCACAGCGGCGAAUUGUCAGUGUACUGUUGGUGAUUCCAUAAGAUAAAACUGUUGUUUAUAUAUUUUUCCUUCUUUUUCAAUUUUUAUUUUUAUCUAGAAAGGCUGUAUUGAUAAUGUUUAAAUCGUUAAGUUCGCCAUAACUUACUAUUUUUGGCCAAUUUGUUUGUGUGUUUCGGUCCUGUGCCACGUGUUAUUUGAACGAUACUCUACUACAUAGCACUCAAAAUGUGGUACGUGGUUCUUUUGGACGGCCUUAUGCAACAUGAAAUUAAAAUUAAAAAUUUUUAAUUUUAAUAAAACUGAGCCAGUUUAUUGAAUUAUUUUA